UUAAUACAAGCAAUAGGUGUUCACUCAAUGAAUAUAUAGGUUUGCGUUAUAUUGUAAUGAUAUGUGCAGUGAAUGUAUAGUCAAUUCGAUUGAUUCGAUCGACACAUUCAAUACAUAAAUACAUAAAUUCAUGUGUUUUGUUGUUUUCUAUGCAUUGAUUUGGUGCUAUGGGUCAGACCCUCUCAGAGCCGGUCACAGCAAAAGAGACGACCAGUUGUGCCAACGAUGACUACGUGGUGGGCGCCUCCUGUAUGCAGGGGUGGCGGAUAAACAUGGAGGACGCACACACCCAUAUCCUUCAGUGUCCCGAUGACCGGUCGGCUUCGUUUUUUGCCGUAUACGAUGGUCACGGGGGCGCCAAAGUGGCCCAAUAUGCGGCCAAACAUUUACACCGCAAGGUAUGCACACAUCCUGUCUAUUAUAAGGGUCUGUAUGAAGAAGCCAUCCAAAUGUCAUUCCUCGAGUUGGACUCAGAUAUGCUUAACGACGAUCAGAUGCGCGACGAGUUGGCCGGAACUACAGCUAUCAUAUGUCUCAUCAAAGAUAGUAAAGUGUUUUGUGGAAAUGUUGGCGAUUCUCGAGCUGUGGCCUCAUAUGGCGGUCGAGUCGAUCCCUUAUCAAUAGAUCACAAACCUUGCAAUGAACUCGAGUCCAAACGUAUCUGUGCUGCGGGCGGUUGGGUUGAGUUUAAUCGAGUGAAUGGAAAUCUAGCGCUUUCUCGGGCUUUGGGAGACUUUGUCUUUAAGAGAAAUGACAAGAAGUCAGCUCAGGAACAAAUAGUUACCGCAUAUCCCGAUGUUCAGGUCAGGGAUGUGACCGAUGAUCUCGAGUUUAUUAUCAUAGCUUGUGAUGGCAUUUGGGAUGUUAUGACCAAUGAAGAAGUGAUUUCUUUUAUUCGUAUAAGAAUUGCCGCUAAAAUGGAGCCACAAUUGAUUUGUGAGGAAUUAAUGACCCGUUGUUUAGCACCUGACUGUCAAAUGGGUGGUUUGGGCUGCGAUAAUAUGACUGUAGUUUUGAUUACUUUACUUCACGGCAAGACCUAUGAAGAAUUGGCCGAUAGGUGUGCCAUACAAUAUGGCACUCGUAAUGAUAAAUCAUUGUAUUCACAGUCAAGUUCGUCGACUACUUCAUCCAUUUCUUCAGAUGACGACGAACUCAACACUAAUGGAGAAAACGGUGAGAAGAGUGUCAAUGAAUGUAAUGAUAUGAACACAAAUGAAUCGAAAAGCAAUGAAAUAUUUGCUAAACUAAGCACUACUUCAGUCAAUGACAGUCUAACCGUUGCGUGAUUUGUCGKUACAAACAUUUCUAUAACAAACUCAUCUAUUAUUAUCGUAUUCUUCAUUUUUUUAGGAUAAGCUGAAAGCAAA